AUGGCCUCUUCAGCCACACAAGACUCCCUUAAUGGGGAAAAGAGACCCGACAAUUCGAUUGAUAUCGAACAGCAAAAUGUCGGCACUUUGAAAGUCGAGACUCCGAAACCCUCGGCGCAGUCUGCCCUUGCCCUUGGUGCAUUCGGAACUACUCUUACAACUCUGUCGCUGAGUCUGAUGGAGUGGAGAGGCGUCACCACUGCGAAUGUCUUUAUUGCCAAUUUUUUCUUUAUUGCGGCAUUCGGUUUGGUGGUUACUGCUCAAUGGGAAUUGUCUAUUGGUAACGGAUUUGCUUAUACUGUAUUCAGUGCUUUCGGCUUGUUCUACGCCGGCUAUGGUGCGAUCUUGACGCCUGCGUUUGGUGUCGCCCAAGCCUAUGGCGGCGACAGUACCGCGGAAUAUAACAAUGCGGUCGGGUUCUUUAUGAUAUUGUGGACGGUCUUCGUUUUCACAUUCUUGAUAGCGUCGCUUCCGAGCAACCUUGCGUAUAUCCUGGUCUUUUUGUUUGUUGAUCUUGGUUUUCUUACUGUUGCGGCGAGUUACUUUGCUUUAGCUGAUGGCAAAUCGGCUUCUGCGACUGCUCUGAAAAAGUCUGGAGGUGUGUUUUGUUUCCUGGCAGGAUUGGUGGGCUGGUAUAUUGUUUUCCAUUUGCUGUUGAAGGAGUCUCUGCUUGAGCUACCCCUUGGCGAUACCUCACGGCUUUUUGGAAAGAAGAAGAAAGCAAAUUGA